AUGGAUGGUGAUGCCAAAUUUUACUACUUCCAGUCCCUUGUGCGGCUUGGAUACAAGGAAAUCGAGAUAUCAUAUCCCUCAUCAUCCCAAACCGAUUUUGACUUCACCAGACGUCUCUCUACCAGUCCUGGAGAGGUGCCGGAUGAUGUCUGGAUUCAGGUCAUGGCUCCAUGCCGAGAAGAGCUGAUUCGCAGGACGGUUGAAUCGGUACGAGGCGCUAACAAAGUCAUUGUCCAUCUCCAUUUAUCCACUUCCGAAUGCUUCCGACGGAUCGUUUUCAACAAGACAGAGGAGGAAAUGAUAGAUCUCGCGGUUCGCUGCACGCGGCUGCUCCGAGAGUUGACUAAAGAUUCUCCUGAUCCUGAGGUUCGACAGACUGAAUGGACUUACGAGUUUACGCCCGAGAACUUUCAACACACAUCUGUGGAAUUUGCGGUUGAAAUCUGCGAGGCAGUGAAAGCAGUUUGGGAACCAACAGAGCAGAAUCAGAUUAUAUUUAACUUGCCUUCCACGAUAGAAGUGGCAAUGCCAAACGUCUUCGCGGACCAGAUAGAGACUUUCUGCGACAGCAUCACAGAGCGAGAAAAGGUGUGUGUCUCUUUACACACCCACAAUGAUCGUGGCUGCGCCGUAGCUGCCGCAGAGAUGGCCCAGUUGGCCGGGGCAGAUCGAGUAGAGGGAUGUCUUUUCGGGAACGGCGAACGCACCGGAAAUGUGGACUUGGUAACCCUGGCCUUAAACCUGUAUACACAAGGUGUCCAUCCUGGGAUCGACUUUAGCGAUAUAAAUCAGGUGGUAACCAUGGUUGAGGAAUUGACCAAGGUACCGGUGCCCUUACGAGCUCCGUACGCCGGGAAAUACGUAUUUUGCACCUUCACAGGUACCCACCAAGAUGCUAUCCGGAAAGGAUACAAACGCCGACGUCUUGAGAACAAGGAAGGAGAGCUCCAGAAAUGGGAAAUGCCGUAUCUUCCAAUGGACCCGGAGGACCUUGGCAGGAAGCACGAAGCGAUCAUCCGUGUCAACUCGCAGAGUGGAAAGAGUGGUAUUGCCUGGCUUGUCAAGGAGGUUUUCGAUAUUGACAUGCCUCUGGAGCUCGAGCUCUUAUUCACCCGAGUUGUGCAAGACCAUGCUAAUAAGACUGGCCUUGAAGUCACUACCAAGAUGAUCAAGGACCAUUUCGAAACGAACUACAUGCUCGUGAACUCAUCUGAACUCCAACUUCUGAGCUGUAAUGUCGACCAGGGUGAUACUGAUUCCAAUGUAACUCAACCCGUCACGAACAGACAUGCCGCAAAUGGACAUAGCACACAUGGAAAGUCCACGAAUGGAGAGAAUGUGAAUGGGUAUGCCACAAAUGGCCAUGCCAAUGGUAAUACUUCCAUGAAUGGAAACAGCACCAACGGGACUGCCAAGAAGCGGAAAAUCACAAACGGGGGUUUCCAUGAAAGCGCCACGAAUAAAAAAGCAAAUGAAAACACCAAAAAUGGAAAUUACUCUGUAUCCCUGCAAGCCAGCGUCGCGAUAAACGGUGCUCGGCAUAAUAUUCGGGGCUCGGGUCCCGAGCUGAUCACAAGUAUAACGGAUGCUGCAUCCGACCUCGGCUUUAGUUUUGACUUGUUGGACCAUAAGACCCAGAUCCUUGACAGUAAACCAAAUACUCCUAGACAGACUGUGAGCUUUGUCAAGUUGGGUUCGGGGAAAAUGCCCGUUGCGUGGGGCGUUGGUAUCCAUGAGGACCCUGUGUGGGCUUCCAUGCAGGCGGUUUUGAAGGCGGGUGAGAAUCUGAGAGUAGCUGAUAGCAUUUGA